AUGUUGCUCCAAACCGUUCUAUGGCUCGCUUUCACCACACUAGCAUCUGCAGAUAACUGUUACUGGCGUAAUGGGGGCUUGCAGACCGUUGCCAAAUAUCAGCCGUGCUCCAACGACACUUCCGAUCCGCUCAGCCAUAUCUGCUGCAAAAUUGGCGAAGGCGAGGAUACCUGUCUUCCGAAUGGCAUCUGUCAGGCCUUUGCGCCAACUGAAGAAUACCUCGGCCUUUAUUUUAGAGAGAGUUGCACACUACAAAACUGGGAAGCUGGAGGCUGCCAGGACCUGUGUUCGAGUGGAGACGAGCAAAGCAAAAACGACGUGACUGUCACUCCUUGCGACGGAACCCCUACGUCCGAGUUCUGGUGCUGCGGCAACACAACCGAUUGCUGUUCGGAUCCCAAUCUUGAGAAGUUCAAAGUCGAACCCACCUUCAGCGGCGUAAUCACGAGUUCGCUACUCCCAACGUCCACAAUUGCCUCUAUAUCGCCGAGCCCAUCCAGCCCGUCCACCUCCUCGAAUGCGAAUGCGACGGAUACUCCAACCCCUUCGCCUACUUCAACUCCACAGAAUAACGAAAGUGCCGGUCUGUCGACAGGCGCAAAGGCUGGAAUAGGUGUGGGUGCUGCUGCUGGUGUUAUUGCGCUGAUCGCGAUUGGUGUUCUCAUCGGAAGAAGGUCGCAUAAGAAGAAGAAGCAAGUUACAGAGGCGACAAGCUACUACGAGCCAGCCAAAGGGGAAUUACCGCCCCAGUAUAGGCACGAAGCUCCCAUGGACGAAGUUUCCAGGCACGAAGCUCCGGCUACGCAAGCACCUGUAGAAUUGUCUGGGGAUCAAGUACGACCACACGAGGCGCCGGAGAGUCGAUAG